GCGGCUGGAGCGCCGCUCGCAGUUGAGGGAAAGUUGCUGGAGUCCGGCCGGAGCGGAGGCGGCGCGUUUAUGGAUGAACCGGGAAGGCCGCUGGAAUUCCUCCUCCUUCUCCUCCUCCUCCUCCUCCGCAGCAGCAGCAGCGGCAGCAGCGUCAUUCGGCCAGGUGUGGAAGGUUCCGGCGACAGCGGCGCGGUGUGAGAAGUCUUGUCCAGAGCCAGCAGCAAGAUGUCGUCCCCGAGUCCGGGCAAGAGGCGCAUGGACACCGACGUGGUGAAGCUCAUCGAGAGCAAGCACGAGGUCACCAUCCUUAGUGGACUCAAUGAAUUUGUCGUCAAGUUCCAUGGACCACCUGGAACGCCUUAUGAAGGAGGUGUGUGGAAGGUUCGAGUGGACCUACCAGAUAAAUAUCCCUUCAAGUCACCAUCAAUAGGAUUCAUGAAUAAAAUAUUUCAUCCAAAUAUUGAUGAAGCGUCAGGAACUGUGUGUCUAGAUGUCAUCAAUCAGACAUGGACGGCCCUUUAUGACCUCACCAACAUCUUUGAGUCGUUCCUCCCCCAGCUGCUUGCCUACCCCAAUCCCAUUGAUCCUCUGAACGGAGACGCGGCUGCCAUGUACCUGCAUAGGCCCGAAGACUACAAACACAAAAUUAAAGAGUACAUCCAGAAGUAUGCCACGGAGGAGGCACUGAAGGAGCAAGAGGAGGGAGUGGGUGACUCCUCAUCUGAGAGCUCCAUGUCAGACUUCUCGGAGGACGAGGCUCAGGAUAUGGAGUUGUAGUGAAGGGGGGAGAUCCUCUCCCCCUCCUCCAUGCAGACUCUCUUUUCCUACAGAUAAGCAGACACUCAUUGUUAUAUUCAUAUUUAAACCAGAUGAUUUUUUUUUUACAAUGAAAAACAGACCAACAAGGAUUUUUGUCGCUUCAUGAGGAUCUGCAUCAGGAUACUGUUGAGUCUCGUGCUCUGUUAGGGCGUCAUCAUUGACUGCCCCCCCCCCCCCCCCAGGAACCUACUAUGAGCAGUAAAGAAAAUAAUUUGUCGAUUUCCAUCAUCUUUUGUGGCUGCUACCUGCGGCCAGGCUUCUCCCUCUCUUGACCUUGGCUCUACAGCCGGUCCAAACCGCGCAGCGGGACCAAGACAGAGGACAGGAGGUGGGCUUUAGAGAACAAUGCUGGGAGGACAAGACUGUUAUUACUGCACGAAGACAGCGGCGGACUGUUUACACUCAGUAUGCCAGCCAGUCCCAUAGCCACAUUUCACCACCUCUUUUUUUUUUUUGUUAGAUGUUAUUAUUUCUUGGGUUUUUGUCUGUAUUCUAUUUGUGAUUAUUUCAUCAGGCUGGCUUUUCUCUAGGCUUGUCAUCGGAGACCUGCAGGAUGGCAGUUCACCAUGUCUGCAGAAUCACAACUUUAGAAAGUGAAUUUCCAUUCACAGCUGUGGGCUUUUGUUUUUCCGUGUAAAAGCUUGGAAAGUUGCAAUUGUAGUUGGCACAUCCAAGGAUCCUCUAGCCACAGUGCGGUUGAUACUGCUUUUACCAUUUAUAGAUGAGGAGGGUUGCACAUGACCCGUCUGACAGAUUGCCCUCUGUGAGGCUCUUGGGCCAGUACCCGCGCCUACUUACCCAACACACCACGACUGUCGUGAAAACAGCUGUUAGCAUUUCCACCCCUAUAGAGGUGUACCAGGACAUCCAGGAAGAGACAUCACAUCAGAUGUGUGCAUCUUUUGUGAGUGUGUUCAAGCGUGCAUGCGUGCAUGUGUGUAACAAUUUUACAAACUUGAGCCUUAUGGGUACCUGUGGUGCACUGGUCCCUUAUGCCCAGCAGAUGUCCUCACUGGAGACUCAACACCCUACCUACACCUUCCAUCACCUCCUCUCUGUUUUAGGAAAGCGUUUGCCACUUUCUGAGUAUCUUUUUGUAUCUGGUGGCAUGACAUUGACUGCAGUUGUCUAGGGCUUUGUAAAGCGUAGGAAUUUUGGGGAGGGAAGGGGACCCUGGUCAACUUAGUGUUUGUGGUGCAGGAAACAGGAGGGGGAGGGGGCAUUAACAAGGUCCUUGUUGAAUUGUUUAACUUCUAAAUUUUGCCUAUUGCUUGUGUUAAACUGUAUUAGGUGUUUGAGUUGUGUAGAGGUAGUUUUUAUUUGUGGGUGGUGAAUCCUAUCAACGUAUGGUUUAAUACUUACAUGACACACAAGUGUAAAAGUUAAUUGUCCUGUAAAGAUGAGGAACAUUUUACUUCUUUGUCUCUGAGAGGAGUCAUACUUUGUUGAAACACAUCCUCUUAAGACACUCUUGCACCCUUACUCUUUCUUAUGCAAAUGAGUCCAUCUUUAUGGUUGGUGUUCAGGUGAACUGGCCUACCUGGAGAGCCUGCCUAAUGCCCCUUCAAACUGAAAGCUUGCGUUGUCAUACAGAAGUGAUCUUUUUUUUCAUUUGCUCAACAUCUCAGCGUUUCGUUCACUGUUUCCGUUCCGAUGGCUUUUUUAAAAUUUCUUUUUUAAUGCCACCAAUGGCCUAUGGCUGCCAAAAUGGCGGGACCAAAUUCUAAUGGAUCUGCUCCAUAUCUAAAAAAUUAAGUCUCCCACUGGCUUUACAUAUGAUGAAGGUGGUGUUUUGAGACUUGAUAUUCCUGGGAGUCUACAUCCAAAUUAGCUUAACAACAAAAACGAGCAAUAUUACUCAAUGCAUCUGACCCUCACGAUGGCUGUCUCGGUUUACACUUCAGCCGAUGGCAGAUUUAAUGGAGCUGUGUAACGGAGACCGUAUUAAAUUUAGAGACAAGGCACUCACAGGAGCUUGUCGCUUGAAAUGAUGUUGAACUGUGUGCCUGGUGACGUCAGUGCCCUGCAGUGUGGGUCUGCACAAGAGGAGGCUUGGUCAGAGCAGUGCGAACUGACCGUCAGAGUUUAUGAGUCUACACUGGGCUGUUAUAAUGAUGGUGUGAAUGCUGUCACACGUCUGUAGUGUGUUGUCGUACCGAGGCAGGCCUGACUGUAUGAUGUGCCAUGUAAAAGUUGAUCUUCCCACCGUCAGAAUGAGGAUACUUUUCUCACGUUAUGGAGAAAAUGUAGCUUAAUCAGAGUUGACCCAAUCUUUGUUAGUUAUUUAUUAAAAAAAAACUUUAGUCUGAAAAGCAUUUAUCAAGAAAUGACUGACAUACAGACUAUGAAAACUUACUAAAUUUGUGUUUACUAAGUAUUGCGAAACUGAUCAACUUUUUCUUUUCACAACCUUGGUUUGAAAAUCAAUUUAAGUUAGCUUUGCAAAUAACAAUAAUUUGAAUUUAGAUUUGGCAUUAAAAAAAUGUUCAAACUUGACGACUAUGUUGAAAUGGCUUAAAUGACCAUUGGUAAGUAGAAGGGUUUUGGUGUUGUUCUGAGGAUAAAGUGACUAAAAAAGACAUUUGUUUUGGGUUUACUGCCUUUUGCAAGAAAAAUGAAAGUGAACUAACCGUGCAGCCUGGCCUGUUGUCACCAUCCAAAUUCAUGUGUCUACUACCUAUUUUAUUUAGUAAUGACAGACCUGUGUCUGAUGCCCUUUCAGGUCUCAUGUUUUUAUUUGUCUUUCUGCCCUAAUGUCCAGGAUACAAGUCAAGUUAAGCCCCACUUUGAAAGGCAACAAAAUUAACAAGUGUGCUUCCCUUGUAACUUGAAUAAAUAAACUAUACAUAUAUACAACACAUUGAUAGAA